AUGGAGUUGGAUGCAGAUGCGGCAGAUGCGGAUGGAGAUGCCGACAUGGAUGGCGCAGCGAAGGCCCCGAAAAAGCGCGGCCGAGCGGAAGGCGCCCCGAACGAGCCUCCCAUGGCCGCAGCGGUGGCGCACAGCGCUGUGCAGGCCCUGCUGGAUGCCUGGGAGGCCGAGUCGGACAGCGACGACGGCCAGGGCAAGCGCGGGGCCCGCAGCAAGCGCAAGCGCGGCGACCUCGCAGCUUCCACCUGGAUCCAAGAGGAUGGCGACGUGCCCAUCGACUUCAUGUCGGCUGAUGCAGCACACUCUGUUCUCACUGUGCGGGCGCCACCUUCCAAGCGCCUCCGCGGAACGCAGGUUGGAUCUGCUGGUGCCGAAAACAAGAUCGAUGCCUUGCGCCGGAGUGGCCUGCGCUUUGCUCCCGACGGGCGCCUCGUCGUGGACGAUGCCGCAGAGGAGAAGGACAAGAACGAGGCGCCGCAGUUUACGCACGGCGCCGCCUCGAAGCCAAAAGCGCUCUCCCAGCUGGCAGCACAACGCAAGGCGCGUGCUGAGGCGAAGGCCCAGGCGAGAGCUGCGAGGAGAGGUGGUGUUCACCUGAUCAAGGGCAUGGAGUCGUACAAGCCCGGCCGAAAGAAAGCGCAGGGCGACGCCAAGCGAAAGGGUGCGAAGCUGGAGCCCUACGCCUACGUGGCCCUGAACCCGAAGGUGACCAAGGAGAAGUUCAAGACCAAGGCCACCGAAACCUUCUCUAAGGUCAUCAAGGGCGCCAAGAAGGGUGUCCUGAAGGGGAAGAAGGCCAGAGCGCGAGAUCAGAAGGUGAAGCAGGCCAAGGAGACGAAAAAAAAGAAGCAAGCGCGACGCCAGCAAGUGCGCAGAACGGCGGCACGCUGA